UGUGUGCCUGCCUCUUUUGAAAAUCUGAAAACAAACUUGGCAUCCGCACAAUGUUGUAAAUACUAAAUUUAAUAAAUAAUGGAAGAAUACGAAGCACAAUUGCUCGUUGUGGAGCAGGCAUUGGAAAAUGCCGCGGAUGAUGCGCAACGCCAGGAACUUUUGGCCUUAAAGAACAAUCUGCAGGAGCUGUUGGCCCUCACUCGGGACACAGGAGAUGAAGCACCAACCGAUGAAUUACCUCAGCAAGGCAACGAUCUGGACGACGAGCUGCAGCGGCUCAAAAGCGAACUUAGCGACCUAGAGGCGGCAGGCUCCUCGCAAACCGCGUUGGAUGAAGAACGCCAGCUGGCUGACUUGCGAACCAAGUACACUGCCAUGGUGGGCGAGAAGUGCUCCGCUCCACACGAGCACAGUUGGGGCACCUGCUACCACAAUGCCCUCAUCUGCGGUGUGGACGACGAGGUGGUUAUAAACAGCGAAGGCGUCUUGGAUGCUCGACUAAGGGUUCUCUUUACAAAUCCCACGCAUCGAGAAAUGCUGCCCUGUUCGUAUUACCUCGAAGGAGAGUGCCGUUUUGAUGAGGCCAAGUGUCGCUUUUCCCAUGGCGCCCUUGUCACCGGUAGCUCCAUUAGAAAAUACAAUCCACCCGAUUUCCACAAACUCUCCCGCAGUCGUCCAGUUUUUGCCCUGCUACCGGAUCGAUUGUGGCACCGAGGUCGUGUCCUUUGCGUUAAUUUCGUAGAGCAGGUAUGCCGCGUCCGAUUGGAUGGGCAGGAUCACAAGGAGCGGGAAAGAGACUUCAAGUUCGAAGAACUGUAUCCACUGACCACCGAUCAGGAUGAGGAUGACGAGCUCUCCAGUGAGGAGAGCACCUCUAGCAUGAGAGACGCCAGCAGUGACGAGGCGGAGUCCGAUAUGGAUGAUCUGGAGGAAGCUAGAAGAGCCCGCAUGGUCGAGUUAAGUUUGUUUACCUAUAAACCGACAGAUCGGCUGGGAGCCUGGGAGGAGUUUACACGGGGCAUCGGCUCUAAGCUUAUGGAAAAAAUGGGUUACAUCCAUGGUACGGGUCUCGGCUCAGAAGGAAGGGGAAUCGUCACCCCGGUAAGCGCCCAGAUACUUCCCCAGGGUCGAUCUCUAGACGCCUGCAUGGAGCUGCGUGAAGCCGCCAACGGGGACAAGGAUUAUUUUAGCGUGGAACGAAAGCUAAAGCGCGCCCAGCGACGACAGCGAAAGGCUGAUGAGAAGGCCUACGUCCGUGAAUCGCAACGUGUGGAUGUCUUUACAUUCUUAAACGACAGGGUUUUGGGGCCUGGAGAAAGCACUCAGCAAAGCGAGCAAGUGGCCAAGAAAGCUAAGAACAACGAGUUACAGCAGCACUCAACCAAAACUCUUAACGUGGAAACAGUGCGUAUUGCUGAUGAAAUCCGCCGAAAGCAAAGAGAUAUGGCCAAGGUUAAACAGUCCCUGGAGCGGAAUUCUGGAGAUGCGCAGCUCCAGAAGCGACUACAAGUGCAGAUGCAAAGCCACAAACAGGAGCUAGCCACGCUGCAGGCACAGGAACGUAGUUUGAGCAAGGAACAGCAGACGCGAAAGAGCAAGAAUAAAAUGUUUGAGUUUUAAUAAUGA